AUGGAAUUGUUUCGAUCUGAAUCCUAUUUCAUAUUUGUGAGGAACGAGUCAAGUCUUUGGUGGAAUCGACUAACGGGAGCCUUUUCAGUCCGAUCAGCAUGGGAUCUUUCCGAUAUCGAGGACAUAGAAUGCUUAGGUAUUACAGAAGGUAUUAUCGGAAAAGUGGAACAUUCAAAUAUAUACGAGCCUCGUUUAAUGAUUAUAAAAGAAAGCGUACCUAUGGGUCAGAUAUAUUUUCACCACACGAUAUACAAGAUCAAAUCGAUAUGCUUUUUGAAUAUGGGUGUGAAUAAUCAGGAACUCGAGCUUUCUCCAUGUACGAAACACGGAUCGUCCACACUCUUGGAGAAUGCGAGAUCAAGCAGUAAGAAAAUGGGUGCUCGUUUGUUUGAAAAUUCCGCCUUUCUAAAUAAAACUGUAGGUGCCGUUAAAAAUGUAAGCAAUACAAUUAAAACCACAACACAGCAAGCCGCUACUCAGGUAAAACAAACGGUGAAGAAGCAGCGUGAUCCAAAACUAGCUGAACGUUUUGAGAAACGGCUUACAGAUGAGUUAUAUAAGAUAUUUGAUGACUCAGACAGUUUCUACUAUUCAAGAACAUUAGAUCUAACUAACAGUCUACAAAGACAAUAUGAAAUUGAGAAAAUCUUGGAAACCGAAGAAGGAAAUGGGAAACCGAUCACCGAUAUUACAAGAUGGUGGAAAUAUGUUGACGAUAGAUUCUUCUGGAACAAACAUAUGCUCAAAGAUAUUAUCGCUUUGGAGAGUCCUAGCUGUGAUGAAUGGGUUCUGCCGAUCAUACAAGGUUAUGUACAUCUAUCACAAAUAGCGGUUGAGCCUCCCGAUGCAAAUCCGUUGAAUACCGAAUCAUUGUCAAGUACGAAUACAUGCGAUGAAACAUUCACACUAGGUCUUAUAUCACGAAGAUCUCGAUAUCAGGCUGGGACUCGGUACAAUCGUCGAGGUAUAGAGCCAGGUGGAAGAGUUGCAAACUAUGUUGAAACUGAACAGAUUGUAUCCAUUGUGUGCUCGGAUAGCAUACAUAGAGCAUCAUUUGUACAGGUCCGUGGAUCUGUGCCAAUAUACUGGAGCCAGCCUGACUACAAGUUUAGACCUCCGCCGAGGCUUGACAGAACCGAAGAAGAAUCCCACCAGGCGUUUAAGAAGCAUUUCGAAGAAGAACUAAAGCUUUAUAAGCAGAUAUGUAUAGUGAAUUUGGUUGAACAGCAAGGUAGAGAACGCAUUAUAUGGGAGGCAUAUAGCAACCAUGUACUGAAAUACAACAGCCCUAACAUAAUAUACGCUACCUUCGAUUUCCAUGAGUACUGCCGUGGCAUGCACUAUGAGAACGUCAGCAUAUUAAUAAACGCUAUAUCUGAUAUAAUCGGCGAUAUGCGGUUCUGUUGGCGUGAUGACCGAGGGCUCAUCUGCACACAGACCGGCGUGUUUCGAGUCAACUGUAUAGACUGUCUCGAUCGAACCAACGUUGUACAGACAGCGAUAGCCAAAUAUGUGUUGGAGCUACAACUAUGUAGGCUAGGCCUUGGAGCCCCGGGCUGCGGUCUACCGACGGGGCUCCGACAAGCGUUUCUAGCUAUGUGGGCUGAUAGUGGGGAUCUUGUGUCAAGACAAUACGCUGGGACGAAAGCUCUUAAGGGUGAUUAUACUCGCACGGGAGAGAGGAAGUUAACUGGGAUGAUGAAAGAUGGCGUCGCAUCCGCUAACAGAUAUUAUCUAUCUACAUUCAAAGACGCCCUCCGUCAAGUGGCCAUAGAUGUGAUGACAGGAGAAUCUAAAACUAUACCUGAACAACUCAUUGUACCCGACUGCACUCCGUGUACAUCCGUCAAGGUUCUUAUGUUUAAUGACCAAUCAGUACCAGAUACCGCAGCUAUGGCCCAGCAUGUAAAAAGUCUAAUAGAUGACUGUAAGAAGCUCUUAGUUGAUACGGAACCAGUGCUCGGCUCUUGGGGGCUCAUAGAUGCUGACCCACAUACCGGAGAUCCUCAGGAAACGGAAAUGGAUAGCGUCCUAGUGUUGACUGGUGAGGCGUAUUACGUCACGGAUUAUGACGAAACAUCCGACAGACUGUUGUCUGUACAGAGGGUGCCUUUGAAGGAUGUUACGUCUAUAGAACUUGGGACUUUGGACUCUAGUGCUACGAUCUUCAGCGUGGCUCGUAAGAGUAACACGGAGCCGGUACACUGUAUACGUAUCAACUAUAUGUAUAACAACGAACCCGGGUACUUCCAUAUGUUCAGAUCUACGUCGCUCAGGUUCUUUAAUAAUAUGGCUGUGGCUAUUAAUACUAAGGACGAGAUGAUAGAAUCCCUUCACUCUAUAUGUGAAUCAUUAGUAGUAGCGAGAGAUGUGGCUAAGUUGACACCCGUACCUUUCCACGAUGGAGUCAAAUUGGAAAGGAAAAAGUCAAAGAUACAUCCAACACAAGGUUCUUCGGGAGCUAAAUCUUCUUUAUACUUGGAUCUAUCAAGGCUACCAACACUCACGAGGAAUGUCAGCGAAACACAGUUAGUAGCAGAUAUAAGGAGUGUUGGAUCAAAAGCCCUAAACAAUAUGUCGGAGCAAUUCAGCAAGUUAAACAAACUGAGUCACUCACUGAACGCUAGAGCUAGACCUACAUUACAACUAAAAUUCGAUCAAGGGACUUCCAAGACUAAGAAAAUAUUCACAUUAGGGCAGAAGAGUGAUGGCAAGAAGAAAGGAAGUUUAUCAGAUGGCGCUAGUUCAGAUUAUUCCUCAGAAGACGAGGCUAGAACCAAUAUAUUUGAACCAACGCUAGAUAACUUCGAACAUUUACAACAUUACAUCGGCGAUCAAGAAAGAAAACACGAUAAUGAUUGCGAUCUAAUCGAAAAUCCAUUAUAUUCAUCAAAAAUUGAAACAAACGAUGAAAUUGAUACCACAAUUCCCGAUAUCAAAACCAAUAUACCGAAAACGCCAAGCAAUAAGAUAAAUCCGUUCAAUAAUGAAAUCACACCGGAAAUACAAGUAGAUUCUAAACCUGUACCGCCAAAUUCACUGCUUUUGAACCAAAAAUUAUCACAGAGCUCAAGUUAUCUAAAUUUUGAACCUACAGUCAACUACGUAAGGUCGAAUUCACAACACGAGAUAACUUUAAACAUAGCGCAAUCACAUAGUGAAUCUGCUUUAAGGCAGUUAAAGAAUAUAACAAGUCCGGUCUCAACUGCUACCAAAGAAAUACUCUCGCCUUUAUCAAAACUAGCUAAGGGCGUGCAAACAUUAGGAGCUAACUUAGAUCCGAGGAAAAUAAAGGUAUUUACUAUUUUAUAUAAUAAUUAUUAUAAUCCCACAAAUUUGUUGCAUGUCAUAGAAAAGCCAGCAUAUAAGGAAAUAAUUUUAGCUCCGGCAUCAGUGAAGCAUAUAUCAGAACAACAAUAUGAAGAACAUAAGAAAUUACAAGAGAAAUGGCAAGACAGUAACACACGUCUUAUCGCACUGUAA